AUGAAUCUUUAUACCUGUCCUGAUGUAAAAAAUCUAAAAGGUUCCUGGAAACGAGGUUCAUUUUUUCUCUUCCAUACAGCAAAACGUUCAGACUGUCAACACGGAAAGGAUGAAGGUUGGUGUGCGAAAAAAUUGAAGCGAUAUUACUACAACAGUGAGAGUGGAAAAUGCGAGAAAUUCAUUUACAAAGGAUGCGAAGGGAACAGAAAUAAUUUUAAAACGAAAAAUGCUUGCGAGAACGUCUGCAGAGAUGGAUCGACAAGUCACCAUUAAAAAACAUGGAGUCGCCGACGCAAGAAAGAAAAUAGUUGACAUCAGACUACGUGUUUGUUCUAUGUUCGAAUUGGUGUUGUACGCUAACAACGUGCAUAGGAUUUCCUAAAAUUACUUCUACUUGUGUUUUCAAUGUAGCUGAGGUCACCAUGCUGAGAAUAUGCUUGUUAUAUAAUGUUCUUCCAUCUGGAAAUUAAAUUCAUAGGCCUUUAAAAAAAUGUGUAUUUCAUUUGCGGGAUAAUAAAAAGAAAUUGAUAACAGAAUUUAUGGUUGUUAUGUUUUGUUCUAAGUUAUGCAAGCAUGCAACCUCGUCCCAAGGGCAUACUGUUCGCAUCCCCGUCCCGAUGCCAGAACAUAUACAAGAUAUCCUGCGGACGAGGUUGUGCAAUAUGAUUAUUCGUGUUAUUAAUUACCCUCUGGUAUUCUCAAUUGACCAGACGCAACUUUAGCAUUAGUUCAGAAUAAGCAAAAAAAUCUUUAUUUUUGCACAGAUUAUUUAGGUGAAUUUUUAUCAAUGGACUGUGUGCAAACAUG